AUGUCAUCUGUUCAUUAUAAGUUUCGGGCUACCUUGGAGUAUAAAACUAUAAAUUUUGAUGAUUUACACAUUAGAGCAGAUGAACUCAAACGCCAAAUAUGUUCAAAAGAAAACAUUAAAGCAGAAGCUUUUGACUUAGUAUUAGAGAAUGCCCACACGAAAAGGAAGUAUGCAGACGAGGAUUUGAUACCCCGGAAUUCCUCUAUAAUAGUUCAGAGAGUGCCACGUGAAGAUGCAGAGAAACUUCCUAAAGUCCAGGGUGUUAAUAUGGGAAUGGUUACAAAACAAGAACGCAGCGAUCUUGGCGCUGGAGUCAAUCACAUUAAUACAGAUGAUUUUGAAAAACUCUCAGAAGAUGACAGGCUAGCUCAUAUCAAAAGUCAAACAAGUGAAAAAUUCGGUCCUUCUAAUUAUCAGAAAAAUGCUACUAGAAUAUUAGCUGGAGCACCUCCUCCAACUUAUACGUGUAAUCGUUGCUAUCAACCUGGCCACUGGUUCAAGAAUUGUCCUAUGUUAAAUACUAAGCGCACGACAGGAAUACCGUCGCAGGAGUUGAUGGAGACCACAGACGAUGAUCCAUUAGCCAUGAUACAUCCCUCUGGAAAACGUGUUAUCCCAAUAAUGCAUUGGAGAGCGCGCCAGAUGAAAAAAAAAGAAAUUGAGCUGAAAGAGCAGAAAGAACGAGACGUGCCUUCUGAGCUGAAAUGCCCUAUCUGUAAUAAUAUUUUGAAGGACGCGGUCUUAGCUACAUGCUGUGGUUAUUCCUUCUGUAGUUAUUGUAUACAACAAAGUUUUGAUAACUUCUCUGAAACGGGUGAGAGAGCUUGUCCUGGACCCACUUGUACUCAAAAACAGCUCUCUGUGGAUUCUAUUGUUCCUAAUGUCACUGUAAGACAAGCGGUACAGAAUUGGUUGAAUAAUACACCAACUUCCUCCGCAGCGGCAACUCCACCACCCUCUAGCACACCUUCUUCUGUAGCUAAUGUUCCUUCUAUGACUACCGUUGUUAGCCAAACUGUGAUUGCUCCAACAGCCAUAACUCCUGUGGUUACAUCCGCUUCCACUGUUCUUGUUGCUCCUGCUCAAACAGAAACAAAUGAUCCACUUCGCAUAAGAAUUGGUUUGCCUUCUGUUCCACCUCCCGUGAUUAUGCCUACUAUACCUGUGACUACCGUUGUUCCAAGCACUGUGAUUACCGAUAUGCGAACAGUACCCCCGGUGACCGUGUCUGCUCCUGCUGAUAUGAUUGUUCCUCAACAUGUAGCUGCUCCUGUUAUGCCGAUGUUCAAUCAGCCUCCUCCUGUUAUUCCUGUGGUUACUGCAGAUACCCUUUGCCCUCCCGGAGUAAGUAAUCCUAUGCCUGUCGUGUCCGUCUUGCCACCUAUACCGGGAAUAGGAAUGCCAGUACAGCAGAACAUGAUGAAUCCCAUGUUUUCUCGUCCUCCUCCCACCAACGUUCCUCAUAUGUUGCAUAGCGUUAACUCAGGUUCUCAAUUUUUGGAGUCAUGGGAAGCAUUCUUGGCUCGAAAUGAUGGAAGAGAUAAGGAUAGAACCAGGAAUAGAAAAAGAAGCAGAUCACGUUCUUCCGAUUCUUCUCCAGAUCGUCGAAGACGACGUGAUAAGUCGAGCAGAGAUGAUAAGCGUUAUAGCAGAAGUGUCAGGGAUCGUGACAGAGACAGGGAUAGGGACCGUGAUAGAGACCGUGAUAGAGAUAGAGAUCGCAAAAAAGAUGAUAGGUGGAAAUCCACUCGUUAUGAUGACAGAGAAUCACGGGACAGAGUUAGAGGUUCUCAUACAAGCUCCUAUCGUAGAUAUUCACGAGAGAGAGAUAGUAGUGAUGGAAGACGUGAUUAUAAGAAAAAGAAGACGGAGCGUUCCGAUUCGGAUAAGCACAGUAAAGGAAAGAAAACCAAUGUUGUUGAUGAAGGCGAUAAUGAGUAUGAUGAGGCCGAUAUCGACAAUGUACUGAAAGAUGCUGAAGAGCUAGCUAAAGUGAAAGACGACGUUGAUUCUCAGAAUGAGCAAGACCAUAAGGACGUAGACAUGGAUCAGAAUGAAGAUAAUGCUGGUGAUGUUGAGAUGUCUGACACAAAAGCUGACUCCGAACGAGCUAUGGAUGAUGCUUCUGACAAAGAACAUGCUAAAAGCGAGGACGAAUCCAUUAUAAGAGCUUCUUCUUCGAAAGAGGAAAGUGAGCCAGGUAGUUCGGUUGAACAUCCUAAGGAAGAUGAUGACGGUGCUGAUGAUAAGGAUGGAAAGAAACACAAGAAGAACAAGAAACAUAAGCAUAGAAAGAAUCGCUCUCAAUCUCGUGAACGGGAUAAAGAUAAGAAGAAGCACAAGAAGAAGAAAAGUCACAAGAAGAAGCACGAAGAGGAGACAGAUGAAGAGCGAAAGGAGAGAAAACGUCUGAAGAAAGAGAAAAAAGAAAAAUUGAAAGAGGAAGAAAACGACCAAGCUUCCGAACCUAAGAAUGAGAAGCCGAAAGCUGCUUCGACUGACGAUAAAACUUCGAAGAAAGAGCACAAGGAAGAGAGGGAGCGGAAAGACGAUAAAGAGAAGCGAGAUCAUAAGGACAAAAAGGACGAGAAAAAGAGAGAUGAUCGAGACCGACGAGACGAUAGAGAUCGUCGAGAAGACCGAGAAAGACGGGAUGACCGUGAACGUCGUGAGGAUCGUGAUCGUCGGGAAGAACGAGACCGUCGGGAAGACCGUGACCGCAGAGACGAUAGAGAUCGCCGAGAAGACAGGCGGGAUGACCGUAAAAGUGAUCGGGAUGAGAAGCACAAAAAACAUGAUGAACGGGAUACUGAAAAUAUUCAUACCUCUGAACGUAAACGGGGCAAAGUUGUAAUUAAUGAAAAAAGGAUUCGAGAAACUUUUUCACCACCUCCAGCGGAGAUGCUAUUGCGGAAAAAGAUAACUCUUAAUAUUUAA